GGUACUAUUUCUGGGUUAGCGGAGUCUGUAACCUGAAGCAUAUGUAACCCGAGGUACCACUGUAUUCCGAAUAGGGUUGCAAGCUGGUGGUGAUCUCCGCAAAGCCACACAAAUUCGUACCCUGGCCUAGCAAUUUUAUAUAGGCAUGUAUUGCAUGUACAGCCCGCCACUUCUCCAAGGAGUUCCAGACCAGGUUCUCAACCACCCUGUGAGGUAGACAAGUUAAGCGGCCCAAGUUAAGCCCGGGGAGGAGCUUCGGAGCUCUCCACUCCUUCUAGGGCGCAGCGCUGAAUUGCUUCGGCGGAAGAAGAGCGGGGGCUUUUCUGCUGAGUUGCUCGAGGGGGUCACACUUCCUCUCGCUCCCUACCGGAAGAGAAGGCCUUAGAGGGCCGCUCGCGGGUCUGCGGCCAAGCGCCCCACAGAGCAGCACUAAGAAUGGCCACCUCUACCUGUCCAGGGCGAAAGAACGGGGUGAGGGAGCUGCCUGCAACCCCAAGCCCAUUCAUUCCACGGACUAUGCCCACACCUCCAUGCCCUCUCAGCCAUGGAGACUCCCAUGUUCGACACUAUCCUGGAGACGACGGACGGGGUGACCCCUGACCCCAGCUGGGCACUGCCCUACCCGCUGGGCUUCCAGGUCUCACUGACGGGCUUCCUCAUGUUGGAAAUCGUACUGGGCGUCAGCAGCAACUUGACCGUAUUGGUGCUGUAUUGUCUGCAGGCUGGCCUGGUGGACUCUGUCAGCAACAUGGUGACCAUGAACUUGCACGUGCUGGACGUGCUCAUAUGCGUGGUGUGCGCCCCGCUUACCAUGGUGGUGGUCCUGGUGCCCCCCGACCGGGCCGCCACACUGCUCUGCUGCUUCCACGAGGCGUGCAUCACCUUCAGCAGCGUGGCCACGGCCACCAACGUGCUGGUGAUCAGCCUGGACCGCUACGACAUCUCGGUGCGGCCGGCGCAGCGCGUGCUGACCCCUGGCCGCGCCAUCCUUCUCCUGGCCGGCGUCUGGGUGCUGUCCCUGGCGGUCUUCUUCAUACCCUUCCUCGAGGGCGAGCUGGGCCAUGCCAGCACGUGGCAGAACCGCACCGUGCUCUGCGUCGGGCCCGAGGAGUUCCACGCCGAACUCGGCACCUCCUACCACCUGGCUAUCCAGAUCCCCACGUUCUUUGCCGCCGUGGCCGUCAUGCUGGUGACCUACGCCAAGAUCCUGCAGGCCCUCAACAUCAGCAUCGGCAGCACCUUCAAGCGCAGCCAACGCCACAAGACCAAGAAGAGGAAGCGGCGGAAAUCGGCAGAGCCAAGCGUCAGCGUGGCGGCCGGCGGAGCAGAAGCCAAGCGGCUCUCUCAGCCCGUGCCGGCGCUGCCAACGCCACCGCCCAUGGGGGUGCAAGCCUCGGUCUCUGUGAUCAUCGCCCUGCGGCGAGCGGUGAAGCGCCACCGUGACCGGAGGAAGCGCCAGCGGCGGGUUUUCCGCAUGUCCCUGCUCAUCAUCUCCACCUUCCUGUUGUGCUGGGCGCCGCUGUCUGUCGCCAACCUGCUGAUCCUGUGCCUGGGGCCCAGCCCCCUGAUGGGCAAGCUGCGCGUCUGCUUCCUGGCCAUGGCCUACGGCACUACCAUCUUCCACCCGCUCCUCUACGCCUUCACCCGCCAGAAGCUGCGGAACGUGCUGCACAGCAAGCUGAAGAAGCGAGUGGUGUCGGCCCUGCAGGUGGACCCCGCGCCCGGCGGCACCGUCAUCCACAACUCCUGGGUGGAGCCGCCCCGCAAAAGCUGCAAGGGCCGGCUGCGGAGUAGUGACGGAGCCGAGCGCUGCCUGACUGAGGCUGCUAAGGAGUGAGGCGUAGGGGGCCGAGCCCUCAAAAUGGAGGUUCAGCAGAGUUUGGGGGUGGGCGUACGAAUCUUCCGCCUCGCCCAAGCUGGUGAGCGGCGAGUGCCAAACACUGAAAGGGGAGGGAGGCACAGAGGCCGCCAGAAACUACAACACCGGUGCUAACCCCUCCGCCCGAAGCCACCGAAUGAGAGAAGUGGGGGUGAGCCGAUGUCUUAAUGAAACAUCGAGGGUUAGCCAUCAGCGCCUUGCCGAAACCCCAAGGGUUUCUGGGUAGGGUGCGAUACUGAUCCCUCACAAAAGGCCCUGCGCCCAGAGUGCAAGGCCUUCCCGUUGCCAGCGCUGAAACCAACUGACUGUCUGAGGUAAAAGACAAAGGCUCGAGCCUUCCCACCCACGGCACCGGCCAAUUCACCACACAGACCCAAUAUGAUGAUCACUACUACUACUCCUAUUUAAUGUUUAUAUCGGUGCCAAGAGUUGUGCUAAAGACAUCCACUCGGGUGAGGUCCCCUGCAUAUAGGGUCGUUGAGCCCACAUGGCAGUGAGCGAGUGAGCUUCCCCAGGGGCAUAAUCAGCUAACACAUAUUUCUCUUUAUUGCUGGCUAAGUCCGGGAAGUGGAGGAAGAGGUCUAAGAAAGCAUUUUGUGGCUGCGGGGAAGAUGCGGGUUUGGGGAAGGGGUGAGCCUCGCGCAGCUCUCGGCCCCACUGUUUUGCUGUGCUUUUCUUUCCAGAACCCCUUAGAUUAGGCAAGUGACACGCUGUUCUGUUGCAUCAUCCCAGGCCAUGCCGUCUCCAGAACAUGCUAUGCUUUGGGGGUGGGUUUAUGUGCAGUUGUAGAUCUCCCAGUCCAAUAGCUGGAGCCUGGCAAACAUACCUUUCUGCAAAGGGUUAUGUUAGGCUCUGCGCCCACACACCACUUCCAUAUUGGGACCAGUUUCCCAACAACCUACUUGGUUUUUUUGGGUUUUUUUAAGGCUUCAGUACUGCAGGCGCUGAUUUCCUUGCCUCUGCCAUUGCUGGUGGCCACUGACUCCCAGCAUCAGAUGCUAAGUGCAGCUGCAGUUCUGGAUUUGAAGGUUCACUGCAGUACCAAACGGCAACAGUUUUUGCGGGGGGAAAGGGGAGGGAGAAAUGGACCGCUCCAAUCAGAGGAACAGGGACUAUAGGUGUAGACAUGCCCCAAGCGACCCCGGAUGUCUCGUUUAAAAAGGGGCCAGACAUCAAAAGCUGCCUUAUACCAAGCCCACACCAUUGGGUUCCAUCUAGCUCAGUAUUGUCUGUCUGACUGGCAGUCAUUCUCCAGGGUCUCAGGCAGGGGAUAUUCCCAGCCACACUGGAAGAUACAUCAGGAUUAGAACUGGGCAUUUUCUGCAUGCAGAGCAGGUGCUCUGGCACCAAGCUCUGGCCCCUGCCCUCCUUGCAGUUGGUAUCAUCUAAGUAACAUGGUCUGGAAAGAGGACCUAGGCAUACAUCAACAGCAGAGUUGGACCCAGCCCUUUCAUACUGUGCCUCUGGGGGAACAUGCCCCUGGUGGGGGAGACAGUAUGCCAAAUGGAAGGUGCCAAGGCUUGGGAUUGGCCUUUAUGGAGCAGGCAGUGAAAGGGCUGUCCAAGGGUGCUAUUUGUGUACUAGGGGAGUUGAGCUGCGUGCAAGUCCCACUGGACUUACUUCUGUCAGGCAUUAACGAAAGUUGCAGCACUGCCCAAGAUACAGGCACACGCCUGCCCAGCCACUCACAAGAGAUCAUUUCCCUGCCGCUGUUACGUUGAAGGUUGUCAGAAGGGAAGGAGAAGAAAGCCCUCAGUCUACCAGCUACAAUUCUGCUCCUUGCUGCUUCCCAGAAAUGCUUGAGGAGCAUAUGGUCAGCUGCCAGGCAGUCAGUUCUCUCCCACACUCUCCCUUAGAAUAGGCCCAGAAUCCUCUGGCUCAUCAGCACCCGAUGGCGGGAGGAGCAGAGAAGUGCCCCUCAAAAGUGUGUGGGCGCGUGGCAAAUGCUGAAUAGAUCACGAAGAUGGCAGGACUUUUCCCCCCCUUAACGGGUCAACGGCAGCUCAUUAUAGUUCCUUAUUUUCGAGCUUCUUAAGAACUUGGCAUUAGACUGGUUCUUUACCUAGACUUACUGCAAUACAAGAAUAUACACCAUCAGACUGUUGGUCUAUUGCAGACGAGGAUUGGCACCUAUUGACAGCAGCACCUCAAAGCUUCAGACCAGGGUUUUCCCUAGCCCUAACCAGAGACUGAACCUGGGAUAUUCUGCAUGCAAAGCCACAGCCCUUCCCUGGUAUCCACAGAGCCACGCAGACAGUCACACCAACUGGCCCUGUUGCAUCCUUCCUCCAUGCCAACCGCCAGCACAGCUAUCAACAAAAGACUUGCUACGUCUUCCUCAUUCAUCCCACGUGGCAAAAGAAAAAGGAAGGGGGGGAGACCUGUUGGAAGUAACAUUUGGGUGCCCAGCUUCUUCCUGCCAGGAGUCGGAUUUCACACGACUGUCUCGUCUCUUGUUUAUCGGUGUAGUCUAGCCAUAGGUGUCAUAUUCUGGAAGCUGUAACAUGGCCACAGUUGAAGGCAAUAAAAGAGCUGGUGAGUUGUGUGUGAAA